AGCAUAAGAAAUAUGUUGAUCCAACGAUCAACUCAAAUGUCAAGGAGCGAAGAUGAAGACAAUGUUCCACUAGCGAAAUUGAAUAGGAAGUUGAGCACUGAAGAAAUGGAUUGUAAGCAGAAGAAGCGGAAAAAAAAUGAUAAGGAAAUUUUAGUUUCGGAGGACAAAUGGAAACCGGAAGACUGUGCGCAGCCGAUUGGAGAAUUGAUUAGGUGUACGGGUGAGGGAGAAGAGAAGAAAUCUCAUUACAAGAAAUUUGAGUUUGAUCUCAAACAUUAUGGACUGGAGGAUUCGGUACUAUUAAUCCCAGCAGUCCCAAACCGAAAGCUCUAUGUUGCUAUCAUUAAGGAUAUUUAUAAACAAGGUAAAGAAGGUUACCUCUACCUUGAAGUGCAGUGGUUUUAUCGUCUAGAAGAAGCAGAGAAAAAAGAUGGUAGAAACUGGGAACAAAGAGAUUCACGAGACCUUUUCUACAGUUUCCAUCGUGAUGAAGUGUUUGCUGAAUCUGUCAGGAAUAAAUGCACUGUACAUUUUGUGCCAGAUAGAAAGAAAAUUCCAAAUCCUGGACCGCCGCAGCCUGACUUUAUUGUGCAAAAUGUUUAUGAUUUUGUUGAUAAAAAGUUGUGGAAGCUAACUGAUAAAGACUUUGACGAGAUGCAAAAAAAUGAGGUUGAUUUUCUUGUGGCAAAGACAAUGUCGCGAUUGGGUGAUCUUCCAGACAUUGAGACGGAGCAAGAUACUCCCAUGUUGAUAGAUUCUGCGCAAGGAUGGGAAUAUCGGGUUAGCUUCAAAAUGGUUUUACCUACUGGAGAAACCAAAGAGCGGCGAGAAGCUAUGAAUAUGUUAGAGAGGAACCGGUGGGUGGAGAUUCAGACCGGUGAGUUCAUGACAUCGCCAGAACAUCUCUCCGGCAAGAUUGAGUUUUCGAUGUUGGAGGUUAAAAGUGAACAGUGGAAGUCUGGUCUGAUUGUGAAAGGUGUUGCUAUUAGACCCAAGAAUAAAGAAUCCUAACUUGUAAGCUUAAACAAUAAUAAGAACACGAAAUU